GAUUGUGGUUACCCCCAAUGCACUCACAGUAUUACAGUUUUAUUGAAGCAGAACAAAGGCGGACAUAUCGGGCCAAAUUCCCUUCUAACUGCUCCGGGUUUGUUGGUUUCAGCUUAACAGUUGAUUAGUUCAUUUGAGUAUCGCACAGUUGUUGGAGAAUUACUCGGAAGAUUUGUUUCAAUAUUUCCUAACAGAACGAUGGAAUACGAAUAAGAUAAUGGCGAAGAGCUUGGGAAGCGUAAAACAGCUAUUUGGAAAACGCUAUUUGGUCACAACCCUGAUGCUCCCGAUGAUAUGGUUCGGUGCUGCCUUCGGUUAUUAUGGUGUUGUCCUUUUGAGUGCUGAGAUUUUUCGUUUUCGGCACUCAUGCUUCGGAGCUCCAAGCACUCCUCCCGAGGUCCUGAAUGCAACUCUCCUGAGUGAUGAUACACCGCCGGUUGACACCUCAUGCUGCAGAGAUAUGAACGACGACGACUUCGUUGCGAUGCUGGUUUCUUCCGUUGGAGAGUUCAUCAAUGUCCCGCUGAUGGUUCUGGUCAUCGACUGUUUCGGUCGAAAAAUUACUAUGGGUGUGUGGAACGGACUUACAGGACUAAUGUUCUUCCUACUCUACGUGUGCAUGUCCAAAGAAGCGAUGACUGGAGUACUAUUUGUGGUUCGAGCUUUCUCCGCAGGUUUGCUGAGCCUUGCCUAUCUGUAUACUACUGAGGUUUAUCCGACUUCAUGCAGAGCAAUUGCUGUUGGUUCAUUCAGUUCAAUUUCUCGUGUUGGAGCCAUUGUCACUCCCUACGUUGCUCAGGUGAUGAUGCCUGAGGUUUCACAGAUUGGAGCACUCAGCCUCUAUGCUGCGGUUGGCGUCUUGAGUAGUAUCCUCGCAUUCUCACUGCCAAUUGAGACUGCGGGGCGGGAAUUACCGAGCCAUGCGGAAGAAAUACCCGUGGAAUAUCCAAAGUAGAAAGGACUGCAAUGUGUAGAUGUUCAACCAUAUCAAAAAUCACUCAGCCCCAUGACAUCAGCCCAUCCGGCCUGUUGAUAUAAGCAAAUCGACUGUCUUUCUCAUCGAUCCAGUUUUGACUACCCUUUCGCUGCUGCCAGCUCACACAAAACUAUCCUUCUUUUGAUAUUUUACACCUGUGCAUCGCGAAAUAUUUUGUGACUUCCAAAUUUUCUGUGAACCCUCACAACAGUGAAAUACUUCGAAACAUUCCUACCCUAAAUCACUGUAUUUUGCUUGUUUUUCCCAUUUAGGUGUGGCGGCUUUUCGCUGGAUUUAUCUCUUCUCUUAACCCAUCUCGAAUUUGGCUGUUUAUUAUGCCUCAACUCCUUUUUAAUAACAUGUUCACUGAAAGCCUUUUGGUUCCUCAUAACUGUGACUGCCCCUAUACUUUGCCUUUGUUCUUCAGAUUUCUCAUUAUUUUGUGUUGUAUCGUGUCAUUCUGUGAAAAUACUACCGACUACGUUUAUUUCCUCGCACAACGCUGAAGCGAUUAGCUGCCCACCUAAGUUUUGA